CGGAAGUGGAGGUUCUCCCCGGAUUGCUGCUCUGCGCCAUAGCUCUAGGGGCUCGCGCAUUUACAAAGGGGAGGGAGCAGACAGGGGACCCCCCCUUUUGAUGUUGCUUGAAAGGAAAUCAGAAUUGGGAGCGAGGGCAAAGAGGGCCUGCCUUCACCUGUAGCAGAAUUCCCCAACCCACCAAGGAUUUGAGACCCAUCAGCUAACCUCACCUGGUUUAGCCGGCCGGUUGAAUCCAUUCCUGGGAUUGCGGCCCCUGUUACACACUGACAGCUUCUGGAAGCCACAGGGCCUGCCUUCACCUGCAGCAGAAUUCCCCAACCCACCAAGGAUUUGAGACCCAUCAGCUAUCCUCACCUGGUUUAGCCGGCCGGUUGAAUCUAUUCCUAUGAUUGCGGAACCUGUUGCAUGCUGACAGUUUCUGGAAGCCACAGGAUUUCCUUUCCUCCAACUCAGAAGAAGGUGAUGGAGAAGACAGUCAGAAUUCCGGAAGACGGGACACCUUUCAUUUCACUAGGAAUAGUCAUUAAAAUGUGUUAAAUGUGGAAUAUGCUUUGCUGAAUGAGAACACAUAGUUCAUAUCAAGGAACUCAAACAGAGGAGAAACCAUUUAAAGGUAUGGAGAGUAGAAAAAGUUUCACUGAUAGUGGAAAACUUAGAACCCACAUGCAUAUUAAACGAUUUAAAUCCAUGGAGUGUGGGAACAGCUUCAGUCAGAGUGGAAACCUCAAUAUACAUCAUCGGACUCACACAGGGGAAAGACCUUAUAAAUGCAUGGAGUGUGGAAAGAGCUUCAGUCAAAGUGGACACCUCAAUAUACAUCAUCGGACUCACACAGGAGAAAAACCAUUUAAAUGUAUGGAGUGUGGAAAGAGUUUUAGUGAGAAUACAAGCCUUAGAAUACACCAACGGACUCACACAGGGGAGAAACCAUAUGAAUGUAUGGAGUGUGGGAAGAGCUUCAGUAAGAGUGGACACCUUAGAAGACAUCAACAGACUCACACAGGCAAGAAACCAUUUAAAUGCAUGGAGUGCGGAAAGAGCUUCGGUCAAAAUGGAGACCUGAAAUUACACCAGCGGACUCACACAGGUGAAAAACCCUAUGAAUGUAUGGAGUGUGGAAAGAGAUUCAGUACGAGUGGAAACCUCAAUAUACAUCAACGGACUCACACAGGGGAGAAACCAUUUAAAUGUAUGGAGUGCGGAAAGAGCUUCAGUCAGAAUGGAGACCUUAAAUUACACCAGCGGACUCACACAGGUGAAAAACCCUAUGAAUGUAUGGAGUGUGGAAAGAGCUUCAGUAAGAGUGGAUACCUUGAUAUACAUCAACGGACUCACACAGGGGAGAAACCAUUUAAAUGUAUGGAGUGUGGAAAGAGCUUCAGCCAGAGUGGAAACCUCAAUAUACACCAAUGGACUCACACAGGGGAGAAGCCAUUUAAAUGUAUGGCAUGUGGAAAGAGCUUUAGCCAGAGUGGACACCUCAAUAUACAUCAAUGGACUCACACGGGGGAGAAACUUUUUAAAUGUAUGGAGUGUGGAAAGAGCUUUAGCCAGCGUGGACACCUCAAUAUACAUCAUCGGACUCACACAGGAGAAAAACCAUUUAAAUGUAUGGAGUGUGGAAAGAGUUUUAGUGAUAAUGCAAGUCUUAGAAUGCACCAACGGACUCACACAGGGGAGAAACCAUAUGAAUGUAUUGAGUGUGGAAAGAGUUUUAGUAAGAGUGGAAACCUCAAUAUACAUCAACGGACUCACACAGGGGAGAAACCAUUUAAAUGCAUCGAGUGCGGAAAGAGCUUCAGUCAGAAUGGAGACCUUAAAUUACACCAGCGGACUCACAGUGGUGAAAAACCCUAUGAAUGUCUGGAGUGUGGAAAGAGCUUCAGUAAGAGUGGAAACCUCAAUAUACAUUUACGGACUCACACAGGGGAGAAACCGUUUAAAUGUAUGGAAUGUGGAAAUAGCUUUAGCCAAAGUGGACACUUCAAUAUACAUCAAUGGACUCACAUAGGGGAGAAACCAUUUAAAUGUAUGGAGUGUGGAAAGAGCUUUAGCCAGAGUGGACACCUCAAUAUACAUCAAUGGACUCACACAGACGAGAAACCUUUUAAAUCCAUGGAAUGAGGAAGAAGCUUCAGUGAGAGUGGAAAUCUUAGAAAACAUCAGCAGACACACAGGGAAGAUAACAUUUAAAUGUAUGGCCUGUGGAAGGAGCUUCAGUCAGAGUGGAACCCUUGAUUUACGUCAACAAACUCACACAAGAGACAAACCAUAUAAAUGUCAGGAAGGUUGGUAGAGGGUCAGCCCUAGUGGACGUCUUACAUCAAUGGACUCACGGACAGGAAGAACCUUAGGAGUUGAAACCCUACAAACCAUCAACAACUCAUAGAGGAGAAACAGUUUAAAUGGAAAGAUUGCAGAAAGUGCUUUAGUUAUAACGGAAUGUUUAUGAAACAUCUAGGGAUUCUGAGGGGAGAACCCAUUUAGAUGUAUGGAGUGCGGAACGACUUCCUCUCAGAGUCCACUCUUUUCUUCACAGCAAUGAACUCAGCAGGAAAUCAGUCUUAAAAGCAUGACAUGUAUGUGAAGUCCUGGUGUUUAUAUGUAAAACUGAACAGUAAUAAAAUAUUGAAGGAAAUGUUAAACAAUGUGAGUAUAAUCUAAGAUGUAAAGUAAAUUUUGAUAAUGAGGGGGAAUCUAGAUUGCUGGUGGGGAGUGAGGAUUAGGGCUGAGUGAUAUAUUGAUAUCUCGUCCAAUACCGGUUUCUAGAUCACAUCAUGAUAACCUUUGAAAAACAAUUGAUAUGGCAAUACACCGCGAAUCACAGUGUGUGUUUCUGGGAUGCACGUUUGCCUGGAAGCAACCAGCAGAAAGCUUUUCUUCAUGAAGCCCCUGCAGAUGCCAAGUUGCUGAGUUCCCUCCCAGAUGACAGGAAACGAAACACACACCUCCGUUGCCCUGUGUCAUUCCAGCCUCUCUCCUCCCUUGCUCCCUUCUGCCGGUGUGUGUGUGCCUCGCUUAGAUAUCCUGUGUGCUGCUUUCUCGCCGCCAUCCUGGCUCGGUGCUGCUGAGGCC